AUGCUGCUGAGUCGGGUCACCUCCACCCCAUUCUCGGUCAAUGACAUCCUGCGGUUGGAACGUGAGCAGAGCAACCCUGAGUCUACGUCACAAUGGAGGGUGCGGAGGAGCCCGGAAAACGCUCAGUACCUGCAAAUGGACUGGGAACCCAGGGAACCUGAGAUUCACAACGCCGGUAGUGGGGGCGGCGGCGACAGAGGGCAAGACCCAUCGGAGCUUCCUGGGGGUCUCUGUGAGGCAGUAUUGGAGAUGGACCCGGAACGGGUGGGGGAACCACAGCCCGGCCUGGACGCGGCCUUGCCCCUCCAGGGCGGGAACAGGAUGCUGCAGCUCAGCGUUGGCAACAGCAGCGACGGCGCGCGUGGUGGCGGCCCGGAGCAGCCAAGGACGCGACAGCGGCGGAAGCCGCGCGUGCUGUUCUCACAGGCACAGGUGCUGGCCCUGGAGCGGCGCUUCAAGCAGCAGCGGUACCUGUCGGCGCCUGAGCGCGAGCACCUGGCCAGCGCCCUGCAGCUCACGUCCACGCAAGUCAAGAUCUGGUUCCAGAACCGGCGAUACAAGUGCAAGAGGCAACGCCAGGACAAGUCACUGGAGCUGGCCGGCCACCCCCUAGCGCCGCGCCGGGUGGCAGUGCCCGUGCUGGUGCGCGAUGGCAAACCCUGCUUGGGCUCAGGCGCACCAGCUUUCGUCGGCCCCUAUGCCUCGGCCACCGCGCCCUAUUCCUGCUAUGGCAGCUACGCGAGCACCCACUACGGCGCCGGCUACGCGAGCUGCUACGCCGGCGCUGGCCCCGCGCCACCCACGCCAUUGGCCAGCUCAGGCUUCAGCCCCGGCGUCCCGAGCGCCACUCCGCAGGGCCAUCUGCCCGCCACGCUGCAGGGCGUCAGGGCCUGGUGA